AUGAUUCGAAUGAUCCUUCAAGACUGUCACGUGAGGCUUCGCAAGUACCGUCAGAGGAUGGACGAAGAGACGGCAAAGUGCUUUGAGUUCAUGGGUGAGAAUGAUACACAAUUGCUCCAGCAGAUGGUGGCCGAAAGAGCCCCCGACCACAAAGCAAAGCGAGAGGCAGCACUUGAAAUUAAGUUUCUUAAGCUACCUCGUCCAAAUUCGUCCAAAGAUGACAAACUGGUGCACAAUCUGUCAUCCAAAAAGCUGACGGAAGAACAAAUGGAGGUGUUAAGGCAUGAAACCUCAUUCAACACAGCUGAUGCCAGACCUGCUAAAAUGGUUGCUGCUAUAGAACCAAUUCUCAGCCAGAGAGAAUCAACUGACGAAACGAAAAACCUUAUAAGUCAUCAGGUGUCGUCCCUCCUCAUGGCACAUCGACCACGCGACGCGCUCUCCAAGAUCGAACGUAAGGCACUUAGAGAACUCAGAGUGGAGAAUGACCUCGUUAUCGUGCCGGCGGACAAGGGGCUGUCCACUGUCGUAUUGGAUAGGAUAGACUACAUUCACAAAGCUGAAACUUUGUUAAACGAUCGUCAGUCCUACGCCCCAUGCAAAUCCAACCGCAUGGCGAGGGUGCACGAAACGGCCCUGGCCCGCUUCUGUGGUCUCCUCAAGGUGCACAAGGAGGGCGCACUCCACCCCCCCCCCGGCCAAUUGUAUCACUCAAAGGCACUCCAACCUAGGGACUGGUAA